AUGGCGUUGCAAUUGCCUCGACAGGCUGACUUCAGCGCCAACAUUUUCCGACGGGGCCAGAAGCGGGAGCUCUUCGAGGAUGCAGAGGAGGAGGAGGUCAGUGCAGAGACGGAGCUGGCCUCCAAGCUGGGAGACCUCGCAACCCUGUGGGCCGCCGACCGCAUCGGGAAGGAGCUCUCGGCUGCCAUAUGGAGGCCCUCGCUGGGCCUGGCGGAGGUGGUGCUGCAGAGGGGCAAGGCGGUGGCCCACCUGGGCGUGCAGCAGCGCAGCCGCCUGUACCUCCACCCCGAGGAGGCCACGUACCUGGUGGACCGGGCCAACCUGCUGCUGUUCACGGAGGGCCCUGGACGAGCCCAGCGGCUGCUGUCGCUGCAGGAGGCCCAGGACCUGAUGCUGGGCGCGGGCGUGGGCAUAGACCUGUACCUGGUGUUCUGCAAGCUCACGCGCGCAGGCUACAUCGCGCAGCGCCACCCCGCCCGCUGGAUCGCGGGGCCGCGCGAGGACCUGGGCGCCGUUUGGGCCCGCUGGCGGGGCGGGGCGGGGACCGACGCGUGCCUGGUCGGGGAGGGCAGGGGCACGGCGGCCGCGACCCCGGACCGCCACAGCGGGGCCCGCCCGCCCAUCCAUCCCACGGCGCGUGCCCCGCGCGACAGGCCAGUGCCUGCCCGGCCCGCCACGGCCCGGGGCCAGAGCCGGGGCUGGUGGGCGCUGGAUGGGUGGGCGGGGGUCGGUCCCCGCGAGGGCUUCUGGGCGGCCCAGCCGCGGGCGGAGGUCCUGCAGGGCACCGCGGCAGGCAGGCGGGCGCAGUACCCCUGCCUGCAGCCGCUCGCCCAGACCUCCCGCGGCGAGGUGGCGCAGGCGGCGUACGAGGGCGGCGCGGCUUCCCCUCGCUUGCACCUGGAUGUGUGGGGAGCGGACGCGAAAUUCAGCCGCCGCGGGGCCGGGGACCCGCUCUUCCACGUCUCCGUCCACCCCGCGGGCGCGGCCCCGAGUCUCCAGGAGAUGGUCGUGCUGGAGGCGGCGGCGGGCGACAUCCCCGUCAAGUUUGCGGUGGUGGAGAAGGGCGACAUCGGGUUCUACGGCUUCUCCCAUGUUCGCCUGCAGGACAUCCUGUGA